UUGUGGCGUCGUGUUGUGGUCAAGGAGGCUCCACCACCACCACCACCGUAGGAAACAAGCCACCUUAUCAAAUCAGUACGGAUGACACCCGGGUGAAAGUGGACAUGUCCCACAGAAAGUCCACGCUACUUCCAGGAGGAGACCCGGGGGAGACCCUCAGGAGGAGAUCCACGGUUGACUCCACAGAUGAUCCCGAGCUGAAUCUCCAGUUUCCACGGCAACCGCCCCAAACGGAGCGCCUCUGCACGGGGCUCCAGCAUCCCGACAUCGCCAUCACCCCCGCAGAGACGCCCUCCCCGGACGCGUCCUCCCACCACCUGUGUCACUACACGCCCAAGUGCUUCCUGGCCGUGCACAGAGCGUGCACGGGAGGCCAUCGAAACUCCGCUCGCUCCACUCCGUCACGCUACGGCGAAGAAGGCUGGCAUGACAGCACCUCCAAGACAACCAUCAGGGCUGACAACGAGGUGGAGGCCCACAGGGAGGCCAACAACUACAAGUUUGGCUUCCGGAAAUGGAUUGGGAAUGUGACGGAGAGACCCAUUGAAGACCGAUCAGACGUUGUUAAAGAGCUCUACUCCGACCUCAGCAUCAUUAAGCCCCAAGACGGUUCUGUGUUGUCAUUGGGCAACAUUGUUUACGUGCUUUUAUUCGGAUGGUGGAUGUCUUUGACCUACGUCCUCAUCUGUCCCGUCAUGUUUCUAACCAUCAUCGGCGCCCCCUACGGAAAACUGUGUUUCAAGCUGGCCUGGUACUUCAUUUGGCCAUUUGGGAAGUCCGUCGAGAAGGCCGGGGACUUGACUAGACAAACCACAAUGAAGCCACCGAGAUGUGAGGUCAUUCCCGAAGAGAGGGACUCCGAGGACACCAUCGGGGAAAAGGACUCCGGGCCUCUUCUAAUGUCCUCCCCUUUGCCCGUUGAGAUGCCGAUGCCACAACUGCCACUUAGGAGCGGAUCUAAACACUGGUGUCGUGUAAGCACCUACAUCUGGCUUCUCCUGGGCUACCCGGUCCUGGUAGUGGUCCACGUCGCGGCCUGCGUCCUCUCCUGGCUGCUGGUCUUCACCAUCCCAGUCUCCAAGAUGAACGCCCGCACGCUGGCCGUCGUCCUCCUUAUGGCGCCCGAGGACGUACACAUCCGCACCCUGGAAAAGACGCUUGGAUGCGAGACCAGAGUGAUCCUGUGCUGCUACCGCGCCGUCAACGUGUACUACUACAAAUACUCCGUGCACGGCAUCAACAUCUUCGCCAUCAAUCUUCUCCCUUUGGUAUUAAUUACUUUGAUUAGCGGAUACGCCGACAAGAGUCACAAGUACUUCAGCUCCGAGACCAAGUUCGCCACGGCCAUCACCUCCAUUAUUCCUCUGUCCUACUACAUCGGAAUGGGAAUCGCCAGCAUCUCGGCGCAGAGUAACUUUGCGGUGGGCGCCGUGGUCAACGCCACCUUCGGCUCCAUCACGGAAAUGACCUUCUACAUCACGGCGCUGCUGCAGGGCCAGCGCGCCGCCUCCAAGUGCUACGAGGAGAUCGUCAAAGCCGCCCUCACCGGCACCCUGCUGGGGUGCAUUCUCUUCAUCCCCGGAAUUUGCAUGAUCAUUGGAGGUAUUAAACAUCGGGAGCAGAGAUUUAACAGCCGGUCCGCUGGUGUGAGCUCAGCCUUGCUCUUCAUAUCCAUAGGAGGUGUGUUUGCUCCCACACUCUUCUCCAAGACCUUUGGGAACAUGGUGUGCGAGAGCUGCUCCAACAUUCCCGGGAAUUCCAGCGUGUCCUUCGUGUGCAGGGACUGCCACUACGAUAUGAGUAAAAGUGACCCACAGUUGAUUAUGUCCCACAUUGAGCCUCUGGUGUACACCAUCUCCGUCCUGCUUCCCACCGCCUACCUGAUCGGAUUGGUAUUCGCGCUAAAGACGCACUCACACAUCUACGACAUCCACAUCAGCGACGUCCAAGGGGGCCACCCCAACCCCCAGUACAUAGGCGGCGCUAGCGAGGGCGCCGCUCCUCCUCUCCUCGCCGCCAACUCGUGCAUUAAUGCCAGCGUGGUUGCCACCGCCAGCCACGUCGCCGCAGGUCAUCACGUGGUUCACUGGUCCCGUUGGAAGGCGCUAGCCGUGCUCAUCGUCGCCACGGUGCUGAUGGCGUGCUGCGCUGACCUCAGCACGGAGAACAUCGCCCCCAUGCUGACCCACUCGUCCAUUUCUCAGUAUUUCAUUGGCGUGACGGUGUUGGCGAUGGUGCCCGAGCUGCCCGAGAUCGUCAACGGGAUCCAGUUUGCGUUGCAGAAUAACAUCAGCUUGAGUCUGGAAGUGGGAAGUUGUAUUGCGGUGCAGGUGUGCAUGAUUCAAAUCCCUCUGCUCAUCCUCUUCAACGCCUUCUAUGAUGUGGGAUUCGUGCUGCUCUUCAGUGACAUCCAUCUCUGGGCGAGCAUCUUCAGUGUCAUCCUGGUCAACUACAUCUUCAUGGAUGGAAAGUGCGACUACUUUCAGGGGACUGCUCUGGUGGUGGUCUACCUCAUCCUUUUGGCUGUUUAUUUCUUUGCUCCUUCACCCCGCUCUUGUUAAAUCUGCUCAAUAGACACCCCAAAAAAUAAAAAUAAAACAAUUGUGAGCUGCACAGACGCUGGGAAUUUCCAGAUUUAUGUUUUUGCAUUUAAAUGUCGAUUUUUUUUCUAUUUAUUGGUUGGGAUUUACUGUCAAAAGGU